AAAAGGCCAUGUGCAUUGUUGCCUGUCUCUAAAGCGCUGUUGCACAACCGCUGUACCAUUAUUUUCCCACAUUAUACCAUCCUGUCUCCUUCAGACAAGCAAAUCGUGUCAUCAUUAAACAACAAAGAUGUUGCGUCUACCCACAGUGAUGAGACAGAUGAGGCCAGUCAGCAGGGCCCUGGCCCCCCACCUCACCCGGACUUACGCCAAGGACGUCAAGUUUGGAGCCGAUGCUCGGGCCAUGAUGCUGAAGGGAGUGGAUCUGCUGGCUGAUGCUGUUGCCGUCACCAUGGGACCCAAGGGUCGCACAGUCAUCAUCGAGCAGAGCUGGGGCAGCCCCAAGGUGACCAAGGACGGCGUCACUGUAGCCAAGGCCAUCGACCUGAAGUGCAAGUACCAGAACAUUGGUGCCAAGCUGGUCCAGGACGUGGCCAACAACACGAACGAGGAAGCGGGAGAUGGCACCACCACUGCCACCGUGCUGGCCAGAGCCAUCGCCAAGGAGGGCUUUGACAGCAUCAGUAAAGGAGCUAACCCUGUGGAGAUCCGCCGUGGCGUCAUGCUGGCUGUGGAGACCGUCAUCAACGAGCUGAAGAGGAUGUCCAAGCCAGUCACCACCCCUGAGGAGAUUGCCCAGGUGGCCACCAUCUCUGCUAAUGGAGACGUGGAGAUCGGCACCAUCAUCUCCAACGCCAUGAAGAAAGUGGGCCGCAAGGGAGUCAUCACUGUCAAGGAUGGCAAAACCCUUUAUGAUGAGCUUGAGAUCAUUGAGGGGCUGAAGUUCGACCGCGGAUACAUCUCCCCUUACUUCAUCAACACAGCCAAAGGCCAGAAGUGUGAGUUCCAGGAUGCCUAUGUGUUGCUGAGUGAGAAGAAAAUCUCUUCUGUCCAGAGCAUCGUCCCUGCCCUGGAAUUGGCCAACCAGCACCGCAAACCUCUGGUCAUCGUGGCUGAGGAUGUGGACGGAGAGGCCCUCAGCACCCUGGUCCUCAACAGGCUGAAGGUGGGACUGCAAGUGGUGGCAGUCAAGGCCCCAGGCUUUGGAGACAACAGGAAAGCCCAGCUGCAUGACAUGGCUGUUGCCACCGGGGGCACUGUGUUUGGUGAUGAGGCGGUGGGCAUUGCCCUAGAAGACAUCCAGGCCCAUGACUUUGGUAAGGUUGGCGAGGUGUCUGUCACCAAGGACGACACCAUGCUGCUGAAGGGGAAGGGAGACACUGCGGCCAUCGAGAAGCGCCAGGCAGAGAUCGUUGAGCAGCUGGAGAACACCACUAGCGACUACGAGAAGGAGAAGCUCAACGAGAGGCUGGCCAAGCUGUCUGACGGAGUGGCUGUGCUCAAGGUAGGAGGAACGAGUGAUGUGGAGGUGAACGAGAAGAAGGACCGUGUGACCGACGCCCUGAAUGCCACCAGGGCUGCUGUGGAGGAGGGCAUCGUGCCCGGAGGUGGCUGUGCCCUGCUGCGCUCCAUCCCUGCCCUGGAUGCCCUCGUGCCCAUUAACACAGACCAGAAGAUUGGAAUUGACAUCAUCAGACGAGCCCUGCGUGUGCCAGCCAUGACCAUUGCGAAGAACGCUGGUGUGGAGGGCUCUCUAGUGGUGGAGAAGAUCCUUCAGGCCGCGGGGGAGAUAGGAUACGAUGCCAUGGAGGGAGAGUACGUCAACAUGGUAGAGAAGGGCAUCAUCGACCCCACCAAGGUGGUAAGAACGGCACUGAUGGAUGCUGCAGGUGUUGCUUCUCUGCUCUCCACCGCCGAGUGUGUGGUCACAGAACUGCCCAAGGAUGAAAAGGAGGCUGGCAUGCCAGGGGGCAUGGGUGGUAUGGGAGGUAUGGGUGGCAUGGGAGGUGGCAUGUUCUAAGGCUCACCUCAAAGUGCUGUUUAGACUUAAUGGCAGCAUGAGGCUAGGGGGCAAAUUAUCCCUCCAACCCCAGACCUGCCCAAACAGACUGGCCAUAAGUUUGUUGGUGCUGCAAAUGGAUGAACUCUACUACUUCUGCUGAUUUGUCUCCCCUCCACCCUCUGUAAGACCGGACCAGCCUCGCCCAGCCUUACUCCGUCCCUCUACCCACACCUGACCGACUCCAGUCUGCACCGACGAUCCCCCCCGCCCACACAGUUUACCUCAAACAUGGCAGUCUCAUCAUCCAACAUGCAAAAUAGUCUUGAAUAUAGUGCAGAAUAUUCCCUGUCAAUUAUGAAAGAUGCUCACCAGUGAGAAUAAUGCAAUGCUGUUCUUGAUAAGUUGUCAUUUGAUAUCAAAUGGAAGUAAUGAAGCCUGUUUGUGCACUACAGAAGUAGAAAAGAGAAGGCUGACCUAAAAUGGUCAAACACAGUAGAGAUGUAACUCAAUAUUGAUUUAGAGUUUA